ACCGGGCCCCCGGGCGGGGCGGCAGGCCUCGGGCCCCCGGGCGGGGCGACAGGCCUCGGGCCCCCGGGCGGGGCGACAGGCCUCGGACCCCCGGGCGGGGCGACAGGCAUCGGGCCCCCAGGCGGGGCUACAGGCAUCGGGCCCCCAGGCGGAGCGGCGGGCGCCGGACCCCCAGGCGGAACUACAGGUCUCGGGCCCUCAGGCGGAGCGGCGGGCGCCGGACCCCCGGGUGGAGCGACAGGUCUCGGGCCCUCAGGCGGAGCGGCGGGCGCCGGACCCCCAGGCGGAGCGACAGGUCUCGGGCCCUCAGGCGGAGCGGCGGGCGCCGGACCCCCAGGCGGAGCAGCGGGCACCGAGUCACCAGGCACGACAGUGGGCUCCGAGUCAACUGGCAUGACCGCUGGCACUAGGUCAGACAUUGGAUCGUCUGGCUGGACAGCGGGCAUCGGGUCACCAGGCAUCAGGUCAUUUGGCUCGGCAGCGGGCACCGUGUCAUCUGGCAAGGCAGUGGGCUCCGAGUCAACUGGUAUGACCGCGGGCACUGGGUCAGACAUUGGAUCGUCUGACCGGACAGCGGGCAUCGGGUCACCAGGCAUCAGGUCAUUUGGCUCGACCGCGGGCACCGCGUCAUCUGGCAAGGCAGUGGGCUCCGAGUCA